AUGUUGUUAUUAUUGUUGAUUUCGUUUACGUUACUGCUUAUAUUUUUUUGGAAACAAAAUAAUUACUGGAAGAGCCGCAAUGUAAAGCAAGUAACGGGUACGCUGUUCAAAUUUACAUUCGGAAGUCGUUCUCUCCCAGAGUACUACAAAGAGAUUUACGAUAAACACAAUGAAAGUCAAAUCGGCAUUUACUUGGGACGUCGGCCGGCUAUUAUCCUCAAAGAUUUAAGAGAUAUCCAAGCGGUGUUGGCUGGUGAUUUCCAAAGUUUCCACAGUCGCGGCAUCAUCCUGAGUGAAAAAGAAACCCUGGCUGACAGUAUUUUAUUUAUUGACGACCUCCCUCGAUGGAAGAUCUUGAGACAAAAACUGUCUCCUGCCUUCAGCAGCUUGCGACUUAAAACUAUGUUUGAAGGUAUUGAAAGAAGCGCUCGAGACUUUGUUGAAUUUAUUGAGAACAGUGGCAACGAUCAAGAUCUUGAAGAAAUGCCCUUCAACGCAAUCUACAAGUACACCACCGGGUCUAUUGGAGCCGCAGUAUUUGGUGUUGACGUAGACCAAAACACGUUAGACACACCGGCGCUUAAUAUAACUCGAAAAGCUCUCGAACCGACUCUUAAGUCAAUCAUGACGUUUUUUUUAGCCGGCACAUUCCCGAGACUAAUCAAAUGGUUGGAUAUGAUGAACUUCGAUAACUACGAGACAAGUUUCAUCGAUGCAGUAAAAAAAGUACUAGAGAAUCGACGCGCGGGAGAGAAACAAUAUGAUUUCAUUGACGUUUGCUUAGAACUCCAAAAUCAUGAAGUUUUGAGAGAUCUUGUUACAGGCUACGAAAUCGUACCGACUGAUGAAUUGUUAGCUGCUCAAGCAUUCUUCUUCUUUGUUGCUGGAGCCGAUACCACUGCAAACGUUAUGCAUUUUACUCUUCUGGAACUUUCGUCUAAUCCUAGCGUCUUGAAGAAGCUUCAUGCAGAAAUCGAUGAAGUUUUCCAAGACGGUAAGAAAACGCUAAAUUUUGAAGAUAUGGACAAAUUCAAAUAUUUAGAAAUGGUAGUAAAUGAAACCAUGAGGAAGUAUCCACCGAUAGGUUUGUUACAAAGAAUUUGUACCAAAGAGACAAAUCUUCCCAGUAAUAAUCUGAGGAUAAGUAAGGAUACAAUAGCAGUUGUGCCCGUAUUGGCGUUACAUAGGGAUGAAAGAUUUUAUCCAAAGUCAGAUGCGUUUGAUCCUCAGAGGUUUGCACCGGAAAAUUUUAAUGAAAUCAAUAAAUUUUCAUUUUUGCCUUUCGGCGAAGGAAACAGGGUUUGCAUUGGUGCUAAAUUCGCACGUCUCCAACUGAGAGCAGGUCUUGCGUGGCUACUGCGGAAGUACACGUUGGUGCCCCAAGACUACAAGCCUGUGAAGUUCGAAAGGAGUCCGUUCGCGGUCCGUGAUACAAAAGCGAAAUAUCGAUUGAUUAAUAGGACGAAUUAG